AUGCACGCUUUGAAUUCUUUUGAACAUGUGUUUUGGCGGGUACUCAAUCAGAUGAGCUGUUCUACGGUGUUCAGCGCCAUGUUUGAGAAUGAGAUGGAAGAAAGUCUGAGUGGCACCAUCAAGACAGUCGAUGUGUCCUACGGCACCCUUCGUGCUUUUGUCAACUACCUCUACACAGCAGAGGUGGUAUGCCUUGACCAGCAAUUGGCCUGUGAUCUACUAGUAAUGGCUGACAAAUACCAGGCGCAGCAUCUAAAAGACUUGUGCCAGAAGUUCUUGGUGUCCAACCUCAACUGGGACAAUUCACUUUCAACCUGCACCUUCGUGCAUCAGCAUAACGCCAAGCAGAUCAUCAACCUAGCCUUGACAUUGAUCACAGACAACAUGGACAAGCUUACUACCGGGGAGGAGUACGCUGAGCUGAAGGAGAAAGAUCCACGACUCAUAUUCGAAACCUAUGAAGCAUGUAAAACCAUUUGUUUCCUCCGAUGUGGGAUAAUUUGCUUUCAAACUUCCAACAAUAUAUCCUUCCUUCCUUACAAGCUCCCAACAAAGGCGAGUAGUCAGAUAAAGGGCAACAUUGUCCCUAUUUAUUUUUAUACGAAUGAUAUUGGAGCAAGCAAGGAACUUAAACAUAGAAGAAGAAAAGAAAAGAAAAGUGGCGGACUACUUCCAGACGAAGGAAACUACGUACCAUAA